AUGGCAUCGAACACACGGACUGCAGUAUCAAUGUGUAUUAUUGGCUUUGUUGUGACAUUCUCCAUGCCUCUCAAAGGUCCUGUGACCAGAUCCAUCAUGUCAAGUCAAGACCAUGUAACUAAAUCCAAUGCGUCCGUCACAGACACUGUGACCAGCUCCACCUUGACAGCCACAGACGCUGUGAUCAGCUCCACCUUGUCAGUCACAGACCCUGUCACCAGAUCCAACGUGUCUCUCACCGAUGCUCGAGACAAGACAUCCACCGUGUCUCUCACAGAUGCUCAAGACAGAACACCCACCGUGUCUCUCACAGAUGCUCGAGACAGAACACCCACCGUGUCUCUCACAGAUGCUCGAGACAGAACUACCACCGUGUCUCUCACAGAUGCUCAAGACAGAACAUCCACCGUGUCUCUCACAGAUGCUGGAGACAGAACAUCCACCGUGUCUCUCACAGAUGCUCAAGACAGAACACCCACCGUGUCUCACACAGUUGUUCGAGACAGGACAUCCACCGUGUCUCUCACAGAUGCUCCAGACAGAACACCCACCGUGUCUCUCACAGAUGCUCGAGACAGAACAUCCACCGUGUCUCUCACAGAUGCUCGAGACAGAACAUCCACCGUGUCUCUCACAGAUGCUCGAGACAGAACACCCACCGUGUCUCUCACAGAUGCUCGAGACAAGACAUCCACCGUGUCUCUCUCAGAUGCUCAAGACAGAACACACACCGUGUCUCUCUCAGAUGCUGGAGACAGGACAUCCACCGUGUCUCUCACAGAUGCUGGAGACAGAACAUCCACGGUGUCUCUCACAGAUGCUCAAGACAGAACACCCACCGUGUCUCACACAGUUGUUCGAGACAGGACAUCCACCGUGUCUCUCACAGAUGCUCAAGACAGAACACCCACCGUGUCUCUCACAGAUGCUCGAGACAGAACAUCCACCGUGUCUCUCACAGAUGCUCGAGACAGAACAUCCACCGUGUCUCACACAGAUGCUCGAGACAGAACAUCCACCGUGUCUCACACAGAUGCUCGAGACAGAACAUCCACCGUGUCUCACACAGAUGCUCAAGACAGAACAUCCACCGUGUCUCUCACAGAUGCUCGAGACAGAACAUCCACCGUGUCUCUCACAGAUGCUCGAGACAGGACAUCCACCGUGUCUCUCACAGAUGCUGGAGACAGAACAUCCACCGUGUCUCACACAGAUGCUCAAGACAGAACAUCCACGGUGUCUCUCACAGAUGCUCGAGACAGAACAUCCACCGUGUCUCUCACAGAUGCUCGAGACAGAACACCCACCGUGUCUCACACAGAUGCUCGAGACAGAACAACCACCGUGUCUCUCACAGAUGCUCGAGACAGAACAUCCACCGUGUCUCUCACAGAUGCUCGAGACAGAAUAUCCACCGUGUCUCUCACAGAUGCUCGAGACAGAACUACCACCGUGUCUCUCACAGAUGCUCGAGACAGAAUAUCCACCGUGUCUCUCACAGAUGCUGGAGACAGAACAUCCACCGUGUCUCUCACAGAUGCUGGAGACAGAACAUCCACCGUGUCUCUCACAGAUGCCCGAGACAGAACAUCCACCGUGUCUCUCACAGAUGCUCGAGACAGAACAUCCACGGUGUCUCUCACAGAUGCUCGAGACAGAACAUCCACCGUGUCUCUCACAGAUGCUCAAGACAGAACACCCACCGUGUCUCACACAGAUGCUCGAGACAGAACAACCACCGUGUCUCUCACAGAUGCUCGAGACAGAACAUCCACAGUGUCUCUCACAGAUGCUCGAGACAGAACAUCCACCGUGUCUCUCACAGAUGCUCGAGACAGAACAUCCACGGUGUCUCUCACAGAUGCUCGAGACAGAACAUCCACCGUGUCUCUCACAGAUGCUCAAGACAGAACACCCAUCGUGUCUCUCUCAGAUGCUCGAGACAGAACAUCCACCGUGUCUCUCACAGAUGCUCGAGACAGAAUAUCCACCGUGUCUCUCACAGAUGCUCGAGACAGAACUACCACCGUGUCUCUCACAGAUGCUCGAGACAGAACAUCCACGGUGUCUCUCACAGAUGCUCGAGACAGAAUAUCCACCGUGUCUCUCACAGAUGCUCGAGACAGAACUACCACCGUGUCUCUCACAGAUGCUCGAGACAGAACAUCCACCGUGUCUCUCACAGAUGCUCGAGACAGAACAUCCACCGUGUCUCUCACAGAUGCUCGAGACAGAACACCCACCGUGUCUCUCACAGAUGCUCGAGACAAGACAUCCACCGUGUCUCUCUCAGAUGCUCAAGACAGAACACACACCGUGUCUCUCUCAGAUGCUGGAGACAGAACAUCCACCGUGUCUCUCACAGAUGCUGGAGACAGAACAUCCACCGUGUCUCUCACAGAUGCUCGAGACAGAACAUCCACCGUGUCUCUCACCGAUGCUCGAGACAGAACAUCCACGGAUUGGUGGUUCCCCAUAUCAUCAACUCAAAUAUUUACGUCAACUCCAAACUUCGCAACAACGAUUGGUGGAAACUCAUUUGACAGAUUCCUGGGUGUGGAGGGCCCCAAGAGGCGUGUCUGUCCCGAAGGUCAAGUCUACGUCGACGGCGUUUGCUACGUGACGCAUUCACCCCCUUAUGAAUGGACUCCACCUUCAUCUACAUGGGAACACACACCAUCACCUUCUACUGCAGUGGAGUACACACCAACACCUUCAAAUGUGCAACAACCUUCUUCAAAAAGAAAACACCUGGAACCACCAACUACAAGAGGAAAUAUGGAACCACCUACUUCAGGAGGUUAUGUAUCACCGCCUUCGUUACCCUCACAAGAAAAUGAUACUGCACCAGUUUAUAUAAACACCCCUACUCGUUCUUCGACUACCCACAACUACAGAGGUGGACAUACGGCGCACCGUAACUCCACGGGGACGAUUCGGACAUCAGGUGUUGCAGAAGAGGACCUAUCACCUGCGUCUGAACCAACGUCAAUAGCCACUUCUCCUGCACAUAAGAAAGCUAAGUCAUUAACGACUUCACAUUUGCGGUGUAAUCAUAUAAUCUUAAACAACUCAACAUUAAAAAAAUACCCGAAUGGGUCUGUAGCUGUGAAAGGUGGUCGUGUAUUAAAUGAAAGUGACUUCAUCCUCACAUCAACUGGACAUCUAAAAGUAUGCGUGACAGCUCUUGGUUCACAAGGUUCAAGCAAAAAUGAAAAGUUUAAAAUUGAUCUUAAUCGCCCAACAGUGGUGUUGACGAACAUAUGUCUGGUGUCUAGCCAGGUGUUCCUGCUUCUCACUUUCAUCUUUCACUGCUUCUUCCCCAACCUCAGGAAUCUGCCUGGCGUGAUUCUCAUGUUCCUGUCGGCAUCUCUGUUUCUGGCACAUGCAACCUUCUUCUUUGGGAGUGCCCAAGCAUACAAUCGUACAACCUGUAUUGCUAUUGGAGCAGUCAUCCACUUCUUCUGGCUUGCAUCCUUCUGUUGGCUUAACAUCUCUUCUUUCCACACAUUCAGAGUCUUUAGAGACGUAUUUUCGUCUCGUAGUUUUGAAUCCAACAAGAAGAGAAUCAUCCUCAAAUACUGCAUCUUUGGCUACGGCACUCCAGCUGCUGUUGUUGCGACAACGAUGACAUCAAACUAUUUCGUCUCUGGGUCUGUGUCUUUCGGUUAUGCAGAUACAUCAAACUUCUGCUUCGUCUCAAAUGGAACUAACGGCAUUGUUGGGUUGUUGGUCCCAGCAGGAAUGACUAUCUUGGUCAGUUUCACCCUCUUCACUUUGACCGUCGUUUACCUAUGUAGGGCCUCGGCCAACAGACGAAAGGAAAACAUGGAUGCGGGUGGAAAGACUGCAGAGGGUUAA